AUUAUCAUAAGCUAAUAAUAUAUAUAUUAUAUUUUUUCCGUAUAACUAUUUAUACAAGUCGUUUUAUGCGUCCACGUCUCCGGUUGGUGCUUUAGGAAACUAAUGAGACAGACGAGGAGUCUGCUAACGUUAGCUCUUUGAAGCUAAUGACUUCAAUAUUUUAUUUAAGGGUUAAAGUAAUGUAAGACAGAGAUGUUGACCGAAGAACCUUUUUUUCACUGGGGGAAAAGGGUAAAACGGUAAAAGUGAGACUGCACUUUUUACUAAUUACUAGUACUUUAUCCAAUCAAUGAGAAAACGUUUUUACAUUAUUAUUUAAUAUCUUCCUCUAACUUCUGAAUCUUAGACGACUAUUUCAUGAGGGUCACAUCCUCAGGAACUAUGUCUUCUCCAGAGCUGGUCCGCUAUGGUAAGAAGCGCGUCCUGCCUGUGUGCCCCAACCCACUGUUCCUUCAGUGGCUGAAUGAGCUGAGGGACGAGGCCAAAGAAAAGGGACUGAAGAUCCAGUACACGUACCAGAAGGCCAUCAACUCUUUGAACAAAUACCCACUGCCUCUGAAAAAUGCCAAGGAGGCAAAGAUUCUGCAGAACUUUGGAGAUGGAAUUUGCAAAAUCCUGGAUGAGAAGAUGCAGCGAUACCUGAGAGAGAACGGUCCAAAUGCUUCUAUUCAUUCACUCCGUGCAGCAGUGCUGCCACCUGCUGGAGCAGCAGAAGAACAAAACAGACAGAAGGGUGAUGCAGAGAAUCAUGGGAAGGCAAAAGGAGGUGGGAGGAGAAAGAGGGAGUAUGUUCCUCAGAGGAGAUCUGGAGGUUACGCUGUACUGCUCACUCUCUACAGACAGUCAAAGACUCCAGGCAGUAAAGGUUUCAUGUUUAAGAUGGAGCUGCAAACAGAAGCUCAGCUUCUCUGUGACAAGUCCUUCAGUGUGCCAGAAGUGGGCAGUAAGUACACAGCCUGGUCUUCUGUCAGCACCCUGAUCCAGAAGAACCUGUUGAUCAAAACCCACAACCCUGCCAGAUAUUCCCUGACCGAGGAAGGCGUGGCUCUGGCCAGGCGUUUAGAGGCAUCAGAACAGUCGUCCCAGGUCAGGUCACAGGUCAGGAGUGACGAGAAGAAUGAAGAGGAGCUGGAAGGAGGUGGUGGGCUGGUGGAUCUGACUGGGAGUGAAGAAGAUGAAGAGGGAAUGAAUCCUGCAGAGGUUCAUCACUCUGCACCACAGCCAAUCAGCAGUAGCCGCAGUGCCGUGGAUUUAAGUUCACAGAUGAUGAGCAGGACAAGCCGCAGAGAUCGACUUCUUCCAGGAACCUUUGACAUUGUUCUGUGUGUGGACUUUAUAGAAACCACUGGGGGUGGGAAUCACCAGAAGAAACAGGAACUGGUCAAAGAGCUUCAGAGAAAUGGCAUCAACUUUGACGUCAGGAAACUCAACGUUGGCGACUUCCUGUGGGUAGCCCGGGAAAAACUGGCCCCUCUUCCAGGUCAGCUGAGGGCGCCGGUGGGCAGAGAGUUGGUGCUGGAUUAUAUAAUUGAGAGGAAGAGGAUGGACGACCUGUGUGGCAGCAUAAUCGAUGGACGCUUCAGGGAGCAGAAGUUUCGUCUGAAGAGAUGUGGCCUCCGUCGGCCCAUCUACCUGGUGGAGGAAUGCGGCUCCUCUGCUGCUCACCUGAGUAUACCUGAGGCCACACUGCAGCAAGCCAUCGUCAACACGCAGGUGGUCGACGGCUUCUUUGUAAAAAGAGUCCAGGAGGUCAGAGAAUCUGCAGCGUACCUCACCAUCAUGACCCGCUGCCUGGCCAAACUCUACCAGGAGCGGACACUGACCUGUCGCUCUAGAGAGCUGGAGGGUGACGGAGGUGAAGACCAGGACUCACUCAUGUCUUUCGCCGAGUUUAACCAUGGAGCUGUUAAAAACAAGUGUCAGACGGUGAAGGAAGUGUUUGCUCGACAGUUGAUGCAGAUCAGUGGUUUGUCUGGAGACAAAGCUGCAGCUAUUCUGGACCAGUACACGUCUCCACGCAGUCUCCUGAUGGCAUAUGAACAGUGUGUCAGCGAAUCAGAAAAAGAGAAACUCCUUUCCUCCGUCCGAUAUGGAAAACUCAAAAGGAACCUGGGUCCAGCUCUGAGCAGGACAGUGUAUCAGCUCUACUGCACACAGGGGGCGCUCUCAUAAAAAGACUCAUCAAACUGCCUCAACCACAACUGAAGCUGCUGCUAUUUUUUGUUUGUUAUUAAAUAAACCACCGUCAUUAGCAUUCUCUAAUUAUUGUUUCCAAUAAAUAUUGUUUUCUAAAGUU